AUGAAGUAUAUGACUGCUGUUCUUGCUCUAGGCGCUGUUGCCGUUGCUGCUCCAGCCGAGGUUGAGAAGCGCCAAAACACGUGCCCAAAUACAGCUGUUAAUUCCUGCUCGGGUACUUCCUACUGCUGCGAGAACGGCGCAUCUACAGGUGGCCUCAUCAAUUUGAACCUUGCCAACUGUGUCAAGAUUCUCUAA